AUGGAAGAAUACCCGGAGGAGCUUCGCACACCGCCAGUAGCUUUAGCAUGUUUGGUGGGUUGCCCAGAUGUCCACGCACUAAUCACAGGGAACCUGCACUCUCUGCAGCCUCCCAUAAAUACAAUUGCAUUGCCCGAUUUCUCCAAGAUCUCAGUGAUUUCCAAGGCUGCGAAAGAGAAUCCGGCAGCGGGUUCGGCCAAGGCCGUCGGUGGAAUUGUGAAAAGGGAUUGGCUUUCAAAGCAUCGGACCCGGGUUCCGGCUGUUGUCGUAGCUCUUUUUAGCUCCGAUCAUGUCUCCGGUGAUCCCGCUCAGUGGCUUCAGGUCUGCAACAAUCUCGAAAACAUCAAGGCAACAAUUCAGGGGAGAAACAUCAAAUUGUUGGUGGUGGUGGUUACGCAAUCAGGUUCUAUAGAUGACACUAGUGAAGAUCGCAUGAUAUCCUUGAGGAAACGUGCAGAAGUAGAUUCGAAAAAUCUUGUCAUCUUUGUACCAGAUGAUCCAUUGGAGCUUAAACAAUCUCUUAACAGGCUAGGGACUGCUUGUGCAGAACUUGCGAAUGCAUAUUAUAGAGAUGAAGGGAGAAGAGUUAAAGCACGUCUUGAAAGAAAAAACUUUGGCUCAAUAGACUUACAUAUUCGUUACUGUUUCAAAGUUGCUGUAUAUGCAGAGUUUCGCAGAGAUUGGCUUGAAGCUCUAAAGAUGUACGAGGAGGCCUAUCAUGCUCUGCGAGAGGUGGUUGGCAUAUCAACAAGAUUGCCUCUAGUCCAAUCCUUAGUUGAGGUCAAGAGUAUCGCAGAACAGUUCCAUUUUAAGAUAUCAACGUUAUUGCUGCAUGGUGGAAAAGUUGUAGAAGCAAUCACAUGGUUCCGCAGGCACAUUAGUUACUAUAGGAGGCUUAAUGGAGCUCCUGAAGUUAUUUUUCUUCACUGGGAAUGGUUAAGCAGGCAAUAUUUGGUGUUUGCUCAGCUAUUGGAAACAUGCUCGGUGACUGUUCAAAAUCUUACAACUACAGUUUCAGUACCUGCAGAUAAACAAACCGAAUGGGAAUUUUAUCCACCUUAUUAUUAUCAGUUAUCAGCUCACUACCUGAAGGAAAAGAAUUCAUGUUUGGAAUUCGCAAUAUCUAUGUCCGAAGAUGUUGGUGGGAUUGAUGGGAGUGUGGAUUCUGUUGUAGCUUCUGUUUAUGUUGGUCAGUUUGCCAGAUUACUUGAGCAUGAGGGCACUUAUGCAAUGCAAGCCUUAACUGAUGAUGAAUAUGUCCGUUAUAUUCUUGCUGAAGGGAAGAGGUUCCAGGAUUCUUUUGAAAUUAUUGCUCUCCUUAAAAGAUCUUUUGAAGCAUACAAUAACUUAAAGGCCACAAGGAUGGCUUCCUAUUGUGGAGUCCAGAUGGCCAGAGAAUACUUUGUCAUGGGCGAAUUUAGUAAUGCAAAGCAGGUCUUUGAAAAUGUUGCAAGUCUUUAUCGUCAAGAGGGAUGGGUUACUUUGUUGUGGGAGGUCUUAGGUUAUCUACGAGAUUGCUCUGUGGGAAUUAGUUCAGUGAAAGACUUCAUAGAGUACUCACUUGAAAUGGCUGCAAUGCCAAUAAUAACUAAUAAUGAUGCUCCGUCUUUUAGAGACUGUUGCCCAGCUGGACCUGCAAGUCUUUCGCAGAGAGAGAAGAUACACGAGGAAGCAUUUGGGGUCGUCACAGGAGAAUCAGGAAUUGCACUGAGUGAGAACAAUGGCCUCAAAGUAAAUGGUGAUUGUCCUCUUUAUCUUGAGAUUGAUCUUGUCAGUCCCCUAAGAGCGGUACUUCUUGCAUCAGUUGCUUUUCAUGAACAAAUAGUUAAGCCGGGAGCUCGAACAAUGAUCACAAUAUCACUUCGGUCACAAUUGCCACUAAAUGUUGAGAUAGAUCAGUUGGAGGUGCAAUUCAAUCAAUCAGAGUGUAAUUUUAUUAUCACAAGUGAUCAGAAGCCACACUUAGCUGCAAUCUCUCAUGUGCAUCCUGGUCGCCGAGUGGAGACAGCUCCUACUCUGGAACUUCCUACAAGCAAAUGGCUGCGAUUGACCUAUGACAUAAAACCAGAUCAAAGUGGAAAGCUGGAAUGUAUAUAUGUAAUUGCAAGAAUUGGACCCAACUUUACCAUAUGUUGCAGAGCUGAAAGUCCUGCCUCGAUGAAUGAUUUACCAUUGUGGAAUUUUGAAGACAUGACGGAAACUAUUCCUACUAAGGAUCCAGGUCUAGCAUUUUCUGGUCAGAAGGCCAUACAGGUUGAAGAAUCGGAACCACAAGUGGAUCUAAAACUGGAUUCAUCUGGCCCUGCAUUAGUUGGAGAGAGCUUUAUUUUACCCGUGACAGUUGCCUCUAAAGGCCAUGAAAUCCACUCUGGUGAGUUAAAGAUUAAUCUGGUAGAUACAAAAGGUGGUGGUUUGCUUAGUCCAAGAGAAGUUGAGCCAUUCUUGGCUGACAAUUUACAUGUUGAACUUGUUGGUAUAUCUGGGCAAGAACGUGCGGAUCAUUCUGAAGCUAAUAUUGAUAACAUUCAGAAAAUCCAGCCAUCUUUUGGACUGAUUUCUGUCCCGUUUCUAAAUGUGGGGGACUCCUGGUCCUGCAAACUGAAAAUUAAAUGGAAUCGUCCCAAACCUAUCAUGGUUUAUGUCUCGUUAGGUUACCAUCACAGCAACGAACCUAGUUCUCAGAAAGUUCAUGUACAUAAAAGCUUGCAGAUUGAAGGUAAGACUGCUGUUACUAUUAGCCAUCAUUUUAUGCUUCCAUUUCGGCGGGAUUCUCUUUUGCUGUCAAACAUCAAAGCAAAUCAUGAUUCUGAUCAUACACCAUCACUAGCUCUUAAUGAAACAAGUAUUCUUAUAAUUAGUGCAAAGAAUUGUUCAGAAGUGCCACUGCGGUUGUUGUCAAUGUCUUUUGAUGUUGAGGAUGAUGAUUCAAUAACCAUACAACCUAAGGAGGAGAAAUUUAGAGAACCCAUUCUUCAUGUGUCCGGAGAGGAUUUUAAAAAGGUUUUUGCUGUCAUUCCAAAGGGAAAUUUUUCAACACUAAAGACCGGGGCAGUUAGUCUGAAAUGGCAGAGGGAUUCUGGGUUACGAGAAGAUUUUCAUUCUUGCUCUGCUUCAUCUCAAGUUACAAAACACAGGCUUCCUGAUGUCAAUGUUGAGCUACCUCCAUUGGUUAUCAGUUUAAAAUGUCCGCCUCAUGCCAUUGUUGGGCAUCCAUUCACAUAUUCUGUUACCAUUCAAAAUCAAACAGAGUUGCUCCAGGAGAUCAAGUAUUCAUUGGCCGAUUCACAAAGUUUUGUGUCGUCUGGGCCUCAUGACGACUCGACUUUUGUCCUACCAAAAUCAGAGCACGUUAUCAGUUACAUGCUUGUACCUUUGGGCUUAGGUUAUCAACAGCUUCCUAAAGUUACCGUGACUUCAGUGAGAUACAAUGCUGGUUUUCAACCCUCAACUACAUCAUCUACUGUCUUCAUCUUCCCCUCAGAACCUCCUUUUUCAGAUCAGUGA